UUGGGCAGAGCACGACGGACUCCUCCCCCGUGCUUGAAAUACUGUAUAAAUGCAGCAUCAGCCUGUCAGCAGCACUCUCUGAAAGCUUAUUGGUCCUCAAACAUGAAGGGUCUGAGCUUGGUUCUCCUUGUGCUUCUCCUGAUGUUCGCAGCUGGGCAGGAAAAGGAUCCAGAGAUGCAGUACUGGACCUGUGGGUAUAGAGGACUCUGCAGACGGUUCUGCUAUGCUCAGGAAUAUACCAUUGGCCAUCAUGGUUGCCCUCGGAGAUACAGGUGCUGUGCUAUGCGAUCUUAGCACCUUCUCGGUCAUCAAAUGAUGCCUGCCUCAUCUCAAACAUAAGGUGGGAGCUUUCAGUACUGGAUGCUGGGGCCCUGGGAUCCCAGUGGAUGAUCUGACCACAGCCCAACCCUUUCCUCUGGCUCUCUGAGUUUGUUUGAUCUGAUAAUAAGCGUUUCUGAAGUGGUCAUCUGCUCCUGUUUUACCACACAUUUCCAGUCCUGGACCUCACAUUUAAACUUACUGGUGUGAAUCUGAAAUUAAGUUAAAUAAAGUGGCA